AUGUCGCUUGUCAAAACCCUCGACUUCGAUCUGUUCACCAACGGCACGGAGACCCAACGGAAACAAUUGGGCACCGACCUCGCCGACGGUUUUGUUUCCGCAGGCUUUGUGAAACUCAUCAAUCACGGUAUUCCAGAAGAGGUUGUUGAUAAUGCCUUCCGAUUAUCCAAGCAGUUCUUCGAACUCCCAAAGGCUGCAAAGGCCGCAGUUGGGCACGUUCCGGGACCAAAGCCUCAGCGGGGUUGGAGUGCCGUUUACGCUGAGAGAGUAGGAGGCAGCCGUUUGGAUAAUUUGGAAAGGAGCGGCGGCGAAACCGCUAUAGAUGAGUUGUUGGACGAGAAGGAACAUUUCGACUGGGGUCCUCGCGAAGACCAAGAGUUUCCAAACCCUUGGCCCGACAAGGACUUCCCCGAGUUUCGCCCUUUCAUGGAAGAGUAUUUUGAGACCUGCCACGAUAUAAGCAUCAAAAUCAUGGAAGCCCUCGAGGUUGGUCUGAAGAUACCACCGGGUUCUCUUGUCAACCGAUGCCUCCCCGCGCAUAGUGAAGCUCGUGUACUCCACUACCCACCCGUAGAUGUCGAGGUACUCAGGGGUGGCAAGACAAGGCGCAUUUGGCCCCACACUGACUUUGGAAUCAUUACUCUCCUCUUCCAAGAUACAGUUGGAGGUCUUGAGCUGGAAGACCGCUCAGUCCCGGGCACUUUCGCACCGGUCGUGGCGCAGCCGAAGGGAAUGCCUUCCGAACUGGUCGUCAAUACUAGCGAGACCUUGCAGCGUCUGACAAACGAUUACAUCAGAGCAGGACUGCACCAGGUCAACAUUCCAGCUCCUUCGAAAGAGUCCAAAAAGACGACUUUGGAUCCUCGCUACUCGAUCGCGUUCUUCUUCAAGGCGAGCCGCGAGGUGAACGUUGGCCCAUUGAAGCACUUCGUGACAGAGGAGCGCCCUACCACUUACAAGGAUAUGACUGCUCUCGAUUUCAACAGAGAGAGGAACGCGACUGUGUUCAAAAGCGCAAAAGCUGGGAAAGUCUAUUGA